AUGUUGAGGCGAGCGAAUUGUGACAAGACGCGGGAACUGCGUCAUUACUACGCCGCCAUGUGCAGGAGUAACAUCAUGCUGCCAUGUGCCUUCUUUUGCUGUCGAGAUAUUACGACCGGGAACAAAGAAAUAAAACAAGACAUCAAGUAUGAUAAUAGCGUCGUUUUCUGUGCUCAUUCCGCGCAGGUACCGGAAGAGGAUUCCCACAGAGACGACGGGUCCAGUGAUGGCGGGACGAGCGGCGGGAUGUCGAGUUCCAAGUCGCCGUUCAGCCGAGGGAUUGGCAGCGGGGACAUGAGUCGACGGUCCCGCGAUGCGACGAGACUGUCCAUGCAGGUUGGCAGCUUCACCGGGGACUUGAUCCUGUCACGAUGGCUCGACAAGGAUUGUUUGGAUGGGCCGCGUCGAGAGCCACUGGGCAGCAGCCUGUCAGGCCUAGUGGAGGAGGUCACAAUUUUGAUCCGACCGGAAGGAGAAUCUCUGGGCCUGCAUGUGGUUCCGGAUUAUGACCCGGACACCGGUGUGGAACGAGGCCUCCGGGUGCAGCGUCUCGAGCCCGACAGCCGCGCUCACCGCGAUGGCCAGCUCCAAGUUCACGACAGGAUUGUGGAGAUCAACGGCCAGCACCUGAUCAACAUGCCGUUCGCCAAUGCGCACGAAUUGUUCAAGGAGGCGAUGGAAAGCCCGGAUAUUUUGUUACGAGUCGUGAAAGCCAGUGGGCGCCUCGUCGAGGGUAUGAAGGACAAAGACAGUUUCGUGUGGAGCAAAGGGGAACCCAGAGAAGAGGUGAAGACGCCCACGUCCGGCUUGAAGAAGUCAAUUUUACCGAACAGAACGUCGAAUGUUCUUAUGAGUGCGAACACGAGAAAAAUAGGGAAAAUUCUGACGAUCGAUCUGGUGAAAGGACCGCAGGGCUUGGGCUUCAGUCUGACCACGAGGGAUAAUCCAGCAGGCGGCUCGGCUCCUAUCUAUGUCAAAAAUAUUCUUCCGAAGGGAGCAGCGAUUGAGGAUGGGCGUCUGAAGCCUGGUGACCGACUGCUGGAGGUCAGCGGAACAGACAUGAAUGGGAAAUCGCAAAGUGAUGCUGUGAACGUUCUCCGCAAUGUCCCCACGGGUACGAAGGUUAUCCUUACUGUAUCUCGGCAGGAGAUAAAAGAAGAAAAGGACCUGUCCCCCAAACUUCCUCGCGAACUUCCGUCCGACAAAGCAGAAGAGGAAGCAGCUGCCAAGCAGCGAGAAAUCAUGACGCUUGACAUUCCAGUGCAUGACUCGGAACGUGCCGGACUAGGCGUCUCUGUGAAGGGAAAAACUUCCAACAAUAAUGAUCUCGGAAUCUUUGAUGGGCGAUUGAUGCCUAAUGACCAGUUGUUGAACAUCAACGGAAUCUCAUUGCUGGAUAAGUCCAACUCCGACGCGAUGGAAACUCUCCGAAAAGCCAUGUGCCAGGAAGGUCCAACUCCCGGAAUUCUAACAUUAACGAUUGCCCGACGAAGACAAGCAAUAGGAGGAGACGAUUUCCGCUCAUCCCCGAGCUCACAAUCCUCUGGAAACAUCGGGAAUAGCAGCUUAUCCGGAUCAGCGGAAACUCUUGACGAUGGUUGUUAUGGGAAAAACCAACAGUACACUUCGGAUUUUGGGUCAUCUGCUCCGGUUACGAGUUCGUCUCGCGGAAAUGUGCCAUCUCUGUCUCUGAAGAAGCAUCGGAUAGAAGAUCGAGACCUUGGUUUCGAUGUACUCCCGUUGCGGAACCCGGUGAUUGAUAGGAUAACGGGUCAGAAUUCCUUGCGGAACGACAGCUAUUGCAUGGCAAACCAUGAGGCAUCUUGGUCGUCCGGCGGCACGACGUCUAGUCAUUUAUCCUAUUUGGUGUCCGGAAAACGAUGCGAAGAUGACGUUGUGGACCAUGUAAGAAUGGUGAACGGCGGCGUGCGACCCGGCGGCACGAUCAUUUCGCAGCCCAACCACGAAAGCGUCAUGAUAGAAGACGAAUACGUUCCUCCGUUGCCGCUGCGCGAGUGCAACUCUUCCAUGGUUGGAUCGGACUCCAGGCGCACUAGCAAUAAUUCCGACGUUGCCUACGCGUCACAGACUUCGCUGGAAGAUAAUCCUGUCGGGUUCUCGCGUGAUCAGUUCGGUCGCCAGAGCAUGUCCGAGAAAGGCCACGCGACAUUGGACGCCAAGAACACCGAUACUUACCAGAGGAACAAGCGUAUCAGAGAGGAACGAAUGAGGAUUCAGCAGCUGCAGGCCAAGUCUAUGAUAGACAUCUGCAAGUUGACAAAAUCUGAAGAAUCAGAUGUGCGCGCGGGACAGCUGCGAGAGGCGCAGUCGACGGAUAAGUUGGAGUCACGAUUCUUGCCGAUGAUUCGCGGCAAAGAUGCAGCGCCGUCCACCGAAUGUCUCGCUAACAUCAAAGCCCUGUUCAAAAGCUAUUUGUCGUGCCCGAUGGGCGGCUCGCUGGCGAAGCGCCCGUCGGAAGCGAAUCGUAACAAGAAGUCCUCCAAGGACAUCGGGCCUGGACUGGGCAUGAAAAAAUCUUCUAGUCUGGAAUCCUUGCAAACUAUGGUGCAAGAGUUGAGUCAAGCCGAGGACGGAGACCCGGCCUUGUCUUACCGGCCGAACCCAGUGCGUGUUGUUCGUGGUCGUGGGUGUAACGAGAGCUUUAGAGCCGCUGUUGAUCGUACCUAUGAUGCUCCACUUGUCGAGCACGUACGCCCUGGGGAGCAUCCUCAAAUGGAAGCAGUAACUGAGGAAGACGGUACGAGCAGUGGUGAAAAUGCGGUAUCCGCUGAGAACCGCCGUCCUGGCCCGCAAUCGACGUCAACCCCUACUCAGAAUUACCAGCAACACGUGGAAAAACCGCCUCCAUUGAAUCCCCGGGCUGCCCAACCGCAUUAUCACGGAAGAGGCCACCGGGACCCGUCUGCUGCAGUGAGACCCGAUUCGUCCCUGGCUCGUGGCACCCAGCUUCAGUUGUCGAUGCCGGAGCGGAGCCACAAUGCGCCGCCCAAUGUGGUGCACGUGAGGUCUCAGUCACACUCGAACCCGCCGCCUCAUAAGACGCCGACCGACCAUCACAUGCAGAAUGGACACGACGCUGAUACUCACAGUCCGACGCCGCCGGCGAUUUCCCCGAUCAAGGCGCCGAAGGACAAGAAGAAGGGCAGCUUCUUCAAGGGACUNUAA